UUUUGGCUCAUUCACGUAAGUAUUUUUCAAGAGACAGACCUGCGUUCAUCUGUGUCAUGGAAGAUCUGUUGAAACAACUUAUUUUCAGAGCAGAAAGCCAAGGGGGAGAAGAAUGGCUGAGGAAGUGCUUACAGCAAGGACCGGACCAGCAAGAAGAGCUUCUUUUAUCUUCUAAUCCCGUCUGCUGCGCAGUACCUGGCGCGAGCGCCGAACUGAUCGAUCCUCCCUGCGAUAAUUUUGUGCGCAUGCGCGAAAAACCUGAGACCCGCUCGCCGAUUAAAAAACGUCAGCGGAGAGACAAGAGGGCAUAUUCCCCUUCACAAUAUGCGCCUCCUUCUAAGACCAAGAAAACCAACUUAUCUUCAAGCCGAGCCAGCAGGAAAAUUCAACGGCGUCAUUUUCAACAGCAUUCAACUGUCACUCAGGAGCCAUCACCUGCUUCAACAGUUGAUCAUCCUCCUACAUCAUCUGCUUCUGGACCUUCAAAAGUUGUAUGGAUUUUUGGGGAUGAACUGAUUCAAUUGGCUGAGAGAAGAUCUGCUUUUAGACAUUCUACUGUUAAUUUAGGUUAUUCAGCAGAAUUUUCCAUAAACUGGUUUUCCUUUGCUGACCUUAAAAUUUCUGAUAUCUUCAAGAAUGUCAGCCUUAUAUAUUCAAAAAUGUCGAAACCUGACCUGUUUAUUUUACAUAUUGGCUCGUUUGAUUUGGGAAAAAUCAAAACGCAUUUGUUAAUUUAUGAAUUAAAAGAAUUGUUAUGUAAAAUAUGCUACUUACUUGAUGGUGUUGUACUCGUAUUUUCUGACAUCAUCCCAAAAUUUUCUUGGUUCAAUUCUGAGUUAUCCUUUCUGGAAACAAUUAGAAAAAGAAUUAAUAAAAAAAUGGAGAUUUAUUUGAAGGAAAUUGGUCAUGGCAAUUACAGACAUGUUGAAUUAGAAGGAUUCGUUAGAGGACUUUACCAAGAAAAGGAUGAUCAGCUUUCUGAUAUUGGAUGUGAUAUAUUCAUUUCAGAUUUGCAGAACAUAAUUGAUAAUGGUUUUUAUUAA